AUGUCUUCGUUACUUCUUAGUCAUAAAGAGCGGGCCGAAGGGCCGUGGGUUAAAUUACAGUCUGACCCGAAUCUUUUUACUGCAUUGAUGUAUGACCUGGGUGUUAGAGGAGCCAAAGCUACAGAAGUAUUUGUCCUUGAUCAACAAGAUAAUUUUGAUGAAUUAGGGCAAAUAUUUGGAAUAGUUUUUCUUUUCAAAAUGAUUGGUGAUGUAUCGGGAGAUUUAAGAGGAUUAAACAAAGAUGUUGAAUACGAACCUAUCGAGGAAUUGCCAAAAAAUGUAUAUUUUGCCAAUCAGGUAGUUGAGAAUGCGUGUGCUACACUAGCAAUAUUAAACAUAGUAUUGAAUUGCCCUCAAUUGGAGAUUGGUCAAGAACUUAAAGAGUUUAAAGAUUUCACUUGGGAACUUCCACCUGCCACAAGGGGGUGCACAAUUGCGAAUCAUCCAACUUUUCGUCAAAUUCAUAAUUCAAUGGCAAGACAUCCAGAAGAUGCAUUAAUUGUCGAGGAGCCUGUUCGUAAGAAAAAAAAGUCUGAAAUAGUAGAGGAAUUAUCGAAUGAAGUGUAUCAUUAUAUUGCAUAUGUGCCUGUCGAUGGACAAGUAUGGCAAUUAGAUGGAUUAUUUCCUCAUCCUGUAAAUAUAGGAGGAUAUGAUGAUCUUAAACAUUGGUAUGAUUCUGCUCGUGGCAUUAUUAAUGAGCCAGAGGGUUUAGAAUAUGUAUUAUUGGCUAUAACAAAAGAUCAACUUGGUAUUAAUCAAGACAGAAUUAACGAUUGUUUAUACAUAAAAAAACUUGUCGAAGAAAGAUUGGAUGAAAUUAAUAGAUCAUGGAGAGAAGCAAACUUUGAAGAUGUAGAUGUUCCAUUUACUGAAGAAGAACAAGCGAAAGUAAUAGAUCGAGGAAAUGCUGGAAUGGAAUUAUUAAAUCUAUCGUUGUGUCAUGAUGAUAUCGAAAAACUUGAACAAUUAAGAUCUCCAAUGAUUGGUGAAAUUAAAGUUUUACUUGAAGAUAAUGAAAGAGAAAUUAAGUUAAAAGAGGUUGAGAAAGAACGCCGGAGCUUCGAUUAUGGAUUUUUCUUUAGAGAAUUUAUUUCAAUUCUUCAUGAACGUGGAGAAUUACGGGAUUUACUUGCAUCAGCACCUGAAAUGUAUGAAGGUGAGGAACGAUAUUAA